AUGCCCGCUCCGUCCUCGCCCAAUGCAGCCACGGCGCUGACCAAGCCGCGGGCGGGCGGCAUGCCCAUGCGGCGCGUGCUCGUCCUCAACUGCGGCGGAACGAUUGGCAUGCAGGACACGGCUCACGGGUAUGCGUGCGGCCCUCCCGGCUUCCUCAGCGGGAUCUGCCGCUCCGUGCCGAUGAUCCACGACCCGGCCUUCGACCUCGCGCCGCACCUCGACGCCGUUGACGCCGCGUCGCGCGGCGACAUGCUCGUGACGCCAGUCGGCGAGUUUGGCACGCGCACGCUCUUCCGGAUCGUCGACUACGAUCCGCUGCUCGACUCGUCCAACAUGACAGAGAAGGAGUGGGUCCGCAUCGCCUCCGACAUCGCCGCCGCCUACGACGCGUGGGACGCCUUUGUCGCGAGCAGCCGCGGCCUGGUCAUCGUCAACGUGACGCAGUGCAGCGCCGGCUCGGUCGAGCCCGCGUAUGCGACCGGCCAGUCGCUCGCCGCGGCGGGCGUGGUUGCGGGCGGCGACAUGACUCCGGAGGCUGCGCUGGUCAAGCUCGGCUGGCUGCUCGGGUGCGGCCUCGCGCCCGAGGAGGUGCGGAGGAUGAUGGGGACGGACCUGCGUGGCGAGGUGACCAACCGGCAGGCGCAGCGCUUCUCCCUCAGCGACGGCGGCUUCCUCCGCCGCGUCUUCUCCGCGGCCUCCCUCGAGAGCGUCGCGCAGGCGGACCCGUCCGCCGCCGCGCCGCCACCCUCCUCCCUGGCAGAGGGCGAGGCGCGGCUGCAAGAGACGUCACCGCUCGAUGGCCUGCUGGCCGAGGGCGGCAAGGAGGCGCUCCGGGACGGGCUCUCUCGAGCGGCGAGUGCGCCGCACAGCCUUGACGGUGGACUUGCAGACUACUCUGGGCUGCCGGCGCUGCGGCGGGCGCUCGUGCCGACGCUUCUGUGCGCGGCGGCGGGCAACGGCGACAUGCAGGCGAUGCUCGCCCUCGUGGCGGACGGCGCCGUGUUGCGCACGUCGCGCGACUACGACGGCCGCACGCCGCUGCACCUCGCGUCUUCAGAGGGGCGAGACGCCGUCGUCGCCUACCUGCUGCAGCCCGAGCACGGCAUCCCGCUCUCGGCGCUCGACCGGCACGACAACACGCCGCUCGCCGACGCGUGC